UGGCGAGUUCGGCGACGGACGACGAGCUAAUAUUAGUCUCACGCCCAGUUGCCAUCUUGCCUUGAUGCGCAUUGGUCGCCACAUGACGACGCCGGACUCCGAGGUGUGGUCGCUGCUCGCAGCGCCGUCCUUCUCGCCGACGUACCCUCCGCCACGCGACUCGAGUACGCUCCAGGUGCUCGACGACACGGCCAUCGUUUACGGCGGCACGAGCGACCAGCGCAUCUUCAACGACACUUGGCUCUUUGACUUGGUGAGUGAGAGCUGGACGCCGCUACCAUCGCACCAAACGAACCCUGGCGCGCGCUUCGACCACGUUUCCGUGGCCCACGCAUCGACACAAGAGCUCGUGAUCUUUGGCGGUACGCUCUACGCGCCGGGCGCGAGCUCGGACGGCUACGUGCAGAUGAACGACGUGUGGAUCUUCUCGCUGCCGCUUCGUGUGUGGACGCCGGUCGUUUACAGCGACCAAGCCACGAUGCCCAAGACCCGAAGCGAGGCGACGGCGGUCGUGACUGGCGACGAUAGCACGAUGGUCGUCUUCGGCGGCGUCACAGUCCCUGACAACGCGUCACUCUACUCGUAUCCCAUCGACUUUAACGACGCGUGGGCCAUGGAUCUGACGACGCACGCGUGGACCGAGCUCACGACAAGUGACGCCUCGCCGCGUCCAGCAACUCGCUUCUCCCAUGCGGCCUCGACCAUCACAGUCGACGGUGUUGAGCAGCUCGUGGUUUUCAGCGGGCGGCACAUUUUAGUCAACGGCUGGACCAUCCUCCGCGAUGCGUGGAUGCUACCGCUCAACUCGACAACGCCCCGUGUCUGGACGCUCUUGACGUCGAGCCAUUCGCUCGAGCGCAUCUUUACGAGCGCCGUGACGGUCCACGGCAACAUUUGGUUCUUUGGCGGCCUCGACUAUGUCUCGGACAGCUCGAUGGCCGUCUUUGCCGACACGAUCGUCGGGGACGUCGACGAAGCGACGCGCGCCGUCACCUUUUACGCCGACACUCCCACAGCUGCGAGUCCAAGCGAGCGGUACGGACACCGCAUGGCUGUCUGGCGCGACAACGUGCUCGUCUUUGGCGGCCAAGACAAAACGUACCUCGGCGACCUCUGGCUGCGCAACACGUCCGUGCUGCCGAAGAGUCUCUUCCGCCCGGUCUUGCCGUCUACCGACUAUGCGCUGUGGGACUUGUCGACGCUCUUCCUCGCAAUGCUCUCUGGCUUUGUCGCGGUGUGCAUAAGCUUUGGAUACAUUUUGUACCGCAAGCUGCACCGGCAUGCGCAUGGUGGCGAGCCAGGCGCGCCCGUCCGGCCGCGAGGUCUCUCGAACGACGAAAUCGCCCAGUUCGAGCUCGUGCCGUUUGAGCCGACGGUGCACGGGUCGGCCGACGACGUGUGCCCCAUCUGCUUGGUCGAAUUUACUGUUGGCGAACGCUUGCGUCAGCUGAGCUGCGCCCAUCUCUUCCAUCCGGACUGCAUCGACGAGUGGCUGCGCAAAAACUUUACGUGCCCCAUGUGCAAGCGGGACCUCGCGCCGCCGACCGAUGCGCCACCCACGGCUGACGUGCCGUGA